AUGUAUGCAGGCGGAGCUUAUCUCUAUCCGUCUGUUUCCUUGUGUCUGUCCAUUUUUUGUUGUGUUGGCUGUUCGCCAACACCAGUCACGUGCAGAUGGCAUGCGAGGCAAGUAGAUGAUGUGGAUAGAGCAGGCGGAGAGCCAAGGAACUGGGGCUUAUUGCUUAGACGCCUCCGCACAGACACAUCCAGAGGGACAGACAGACAGGCGGUCGGGGAGACAGACAUUGAGUACGUCUGUGAGCGUUAUAUAUGCGUUUUAGGACGGGUAUCAAUCAGUCCGGUGGUUUUGUGCAGGUCUGAAUUGGAUGCGCUGGAGUGCAAUGCAUCAUCCACCUUCUACGAUCAGUAA